UCAGGAUCUGACGACUGUCAUUAAACAUUUUCACACCGACAAGCACAUUUGAAGAGUACGGCUGCCAGCUGCACUGAAACAUCGAAGCUGAGUACAAGAUGGACAGCACUAGCAAUAAAAAACAGUUCUGUGUGUCGAAUCAAAACGAUGAAGAUAUAGACCUUGAUGACUGGAUAGCUCCAGAUGCUGAUCUGAUACAAAAGAUGGUCUCUCAGAUUGAAUAUUACCUUUCUGAUGAGAAUUUGGUUAAAGAUGCUUUCCUUUUAAAGCAUGUCAGAAGAAAUAAGAUGGGUUACGUCAAUAUCAAGUUGUUGACUUCUUUUAAAAAGAUGAAGCAGUUUACAAAAGACUGGCGAGUCACAGCCCACGCCCUCCGGCAUUCGUCUACAUUAGAGGUAAAUGAAGAGGGAAAUAAAGUGCGGAGAAUGAAGCCGGUGCCAGAAUCUAUCCUCUUCCAGGUACCGAGCAGACAGCUGCUGGUCUGGAACGUCACAGAACCAAAGCCGUCAGAGGAUAUGGCACAUGACACAUCCACACCUCCCAAAAGCACCAUGGAGACUGCUAUCGCAAUUCUGGAACCAUUUGGCACCAUAACCAUGGCUCGGGUCAACCGGCCUGGCAGGGAACUUCCACCUGAGCUUCAGAAAUACAGCUACAGAUACCCAGAGUUGUUCACACAGGAGAGCGUACUAGUGGAAUAUGAAGAUCUGGAAGGAGCAGGACGUGCUUACCAUCACCUGUCACAAUCGGAAAGUGGCAUCAAGGUACUCCUGGUGGGGAAAGCUUCCAAGAAGAAAGCUGCAGAUGCAGGUUUGGAGGACAAAAGUAACGGUAAGGGGAUCUCCAUCCUAAACCAGCGCAUGUUAAAGCUUCAGAACUGUGGCGAUGACUCAUCAGCAUGCAGCUCCUCUGAAUCAGAGUUCGCCUCCUCAUCACCUCUGAGCAUCCCUCGCCUUUUGUCCAGCCAAGUAUGUGGCAGCCCUACAAGUAGUCCGCGGUCCAGCCCCAGAUGUGUCCGUGCACCCAUGCCAGGCCCUUCCAUAUCCCCCCUCUUAGCCUCAAAGGCCUGGGGCUGUCUGGACACAAGUUCAGAGCUGCGAGAGAAACACAAGGUGUGCGCAAACCAAAACAAACACUGUCAGCCGGGUGACAAACGGGCUCUAAAUGGAGACACAGCACCACCUGGAGUCCUGCGACUACCUUACGGUCCUGACGGGAGUAAAGGUUUUCAUGCAAUCAUAGUUAGAAGAAGACUUAAUUUAAAACGUCAGGAACCGGUUAUUUAGUUACAGUAACUGCCUGUUUGUUAUUUUGCUGUAGAUUCGUGUCAUUUUAUCUGCUGAUUUUAAAU